AAUGCAUGCAUGCUCAAUGAAAAAGUGUUAACUGUCUUUUGACACUCAGGAAGUUCAUGAUAAAUACGUAAUUUGCACAAAAUGUUUCAAAACAUUUGCCAUCCAACAGGGACUGUGGCUAUAUCACUGACCUCAAGAAAACCUAUGGACAAAAUCUGCUAAAGAAGUACCAGCAUCUAUGUCAAAAGUUAGUCAUUAUUUUAAGAAGACUGUGCUGGAAGACGGGUAUUUAACAUAAGCAGAUACAAAAGGUGCAGUUACAAGUCACUGUGAAGCAGUGAUGGCUCCUUAUUUAGAUCAGACAUCUGCUCUUCCAAAUGCACUUUUUUCCACUUGCAAUAAUGGUUCCCAGGGAAGGGCUGCGGGUACUGAUGGGACUGACGGUGGAUGGAAAAACCCAGGCUUUCUGUGUGCCACACAGCGAUGUUCAGUAACGUCAAAAAUGAAGCCUUUUCCUAUAAAAGGGAUCAACCCAGAUAUGGGGUUUCAUCAUGUUCACCAGACUGAUUUUGGACUCCUGGGCUCAAUCAGCCCACCCUUCUCGGCCUCCCAAAGUGCUGGGGUUAUAGGUGAGAGCCCCCGCGCCCGGCCCGGGAGGCUGCUCUUCACUCUCCGAUUGGUUUCCCCUCCAAGCUGGGAUUUGAACUCAUCUUAUCUCCAGGGUUAGGGUUGGAGACGGAGUUGUAAGGACAGAAAGGGAAGAGGAAUACACAAAUUUUUUGCUGACGGACUUGGCCCCAUCUUUGCAGGCUAACUGAAACUCCCAAGGCCUUGAGAUUUUUGAAAACUGCCAUAUUUCCUCUAGUUGAAGACUCACUUUAUAUUUUUUCACAUGUUAACAUUUAUGAAAUUGGGAUGUGUAAUGUAUGCCCUGUCAAAAAAAUUUUCCAGCAGCUGUGCAGAGGAGUGACAUGCCAACGUGGCCUGCCUCGCCUGUGGCCACACCACCUUAGCCAGCUGCGUGGAAGUAUCUGCUCAUCCAUUUUGUCACUCUGUUUUGUUAUUUUCAUUGGUAGGCACAGCACACUGUUAACUUAGAUUCAUGUUCCUAAUUGCCACUGAAAGCGUCUUUCACAAGAUAACUCUGCUUUACUGUAUUGGAGCAAAAGUCAUCAUGCGUGCAAAAGAUUGCCUGGCAUAUGCCAGGCAAAAGAUUGCCCCACUGCACAGAGUAAAUGGUACAAUUUUCAAAGCGAGGGGAAAUUGGCAUGACUACUUCAUGCAUCAUUAAAAAAAAAAAAAACUAUUAUUCGGGCUCCAAAAUCUUUAAAAGCU